AUGGCUACUACGACUACUAGUAGUGGUAGUUUUAUCGUUAGUACGUUCAACGGUGUCUUAUCAAUUGCUACAAUUAUUGGCAUUGUAGUGGGUGCCCUAGCUGGUUUAGCUAUAUUAAUUGGAAUUAUUAUUACCCUCAUUUGUUUGUGUAAACCAAAACGACAAGUGGGCGGGGUAAUUCUACCACCGAGCCAGACAGUAUUUCAACCUUAUGGACAACCAAUGAUCAUGACGUCGGCAACAGGAGGAUAUCCAUAUUCACAACAGUGGCAAACUCAACAAUAUCAACAAAAUAUGCAUAUUCCGCAACAACGAUAUCAGCAACCGGUUUGA